CCUACACGAAAACAGUCCAGGACCUUCACACCCAUCCGACUUCCUUUCAACCAUUGUAAUGACACAGUUAACCCCCCUUGUUCGUUAAAUAAGCAACGACAUCCUGCUUUUUGAGAUUCGUCGGUGCAUCCAUUCAAGACUCUACGUCAGAUCUCGCGCCAUUUCUCAGAUCCGAUUUCCCCAAUUUCUAGGAGGGGUGAGUUUAAACCGUCUAAAAUCAGUGCCCAAAAAACUUAUAGGCACCAAUUUUCUCAACUUAUCAUGAACAGUGCCACCUAAAACUGGUGGAAAAAAACUUAGAAGCAGGCCCUAAGUAGAUACACCCAACAAAGACUUGUGUGAUCAUCUGUAAAGCAAGAGAGUAACUAUGGGAGUCGACACUCAAGGUUGGCGUUUGGAAUUAAACUAUGACCAAUGGGUAGCACUCCCUGUAUCUGGUCAGCGGCCUGCUGCUCGUUACAAGCAUGCUGCUGCUGUUGUUGAUGGCAAGUUAUACAUCAUCGGCGGAAGUCGUAAUGGUCGAUACUUAUCUGAUGUUCAGGUUUUUGAUCUCAAAAAUUUGACAUGGUCGACCAUGAAACUGAACACGGAAGCAACUACUGUGAAAGUCAAAGAUGGUACACAACUUGAUGUUUUUCCUGCGACUGCUGGUCACAGCGUGAUUAAGUGGGGAAAUAGACUACUUCUUCUUGCUGGUCUAUCAAAGAAUGCUUCUGACAACGUAACAGUGCGGUUCAUUGAUCUUGAAUCAAACAGUUGUGGUGUCAUGGAAACUUAUGGAAAUUUUCCGGUAGCUCGCAGUGGCCAAUCUGUAACUCUGGUUGGUUCCAAACUUAUUAUGUUUGGCGGAGAAGACAGGAAUAGACGGCUGCUGAACGAUGUCCAUGUUCUUGACCUGGCAACAAUGUCAUGGAGUGCUGUUGAGACUUCGCAGACAUCUCCAACACCCAGAUUUGAUCAUACAGCUGCAGUGAAUGCUGAGCGCUACCUCCUUAUUUUUGGUGGAUGCUCUCAUUCAAUUUUUUACAAUGACCUGCAUGUGUUAGACCUGGAAACGAUGGAGUGGUCCCAACCACAAAUUCAGGGUGAUUUGGUGACUCCAAGGGCUGGUCAUGCUGGUGUUGCAAUUGAUGGAGAUUGGUUUAUAGUUGGUGGUGGAGAUAAUAAAAGUGGUGCCUUGGAAACCCUUGUGAUAAAUAUGUCUAAGCUAGCUGUAUCCAAGUUGAUAAGUGUAAAGGAAAGAGAUCCACUAGCUAGUGAGGGAAUCAGUGUUUCCUCAGCAUUGCUAGAUGGUGAGAAGUUUUUGGUUACAUUUGGUGGCUACAAUGGGAAAUAUUAUAAUGAGGUAUUUGUAAUGAGGCCCAAACCAAGGGACUUUUUACAUCCCAAGAUAUUUCAAUCACCAGCAGCUGCGGCGGCAGCGGCUUCUGUUACUGCUGCAUAUGCCUUGACAAAAUCUGAAAAGUUAGACUUCCCUGAGAAAGAAGAUCCAAAUUUUAAGGUAAUUCCAGUGGAUACCUCUCAGCUGGAUCUUUCAGUUGAACUUAAUUCAAUCACAGAAGAAAAGAAGGUAGCAGAAACAUCACUUGUGGAAGUUAUGGCAGAGAACUCUACUCUCAGGGCUAAGAUUGAAGAAACAAACACAAAUUAUGCCGAGCUAUCCAAGGAACUACAUUCAGUUCAAGCUCAACUUGCAGCGGAGAGAUCAAGAUGUGCUAAACUGGAGGCACAAAUAGCAGAGGUACAGAAGAUUUUGGAGUCAAUGCCAGCAAUAGAGGAAGAGGUUCACGCACUUAGGAGAGAAAAAUCUGCUUUUGAACGUGAAAUGGAGCUCGCUUCAACUGUCCAGAGACAGCGGUCUGGCGGCAUUUGGAAGUGGGUCGCUGGCUAGAUUGGCGUUGCCAGGAACCACUGAAGUUGCCCAGGUUUGGCAUAAUCUGGCAAGGGCACAGGCAUUGUGGGGUUUUGGUCAUUCAAGUGAAAUGUUUCUUCUUUUUUGGACUUCAUGCAUUUGUAUCAUUCUGUGGGGUUAGUUUAGGUAACGGACAAUAGAAUGUUUUUCAAUAUGUCUUAUUAAUUGUUUCUUGCAGACUUCUAAAUUCUCAUAUAACUGUAAUCUACAUUACUAAAAUUUUACCCUUUUUUAUGCUAUUGAACAAUUGACUCAAUUUAAAUGAGAAUGAAUCUGUUGAUGGGCUGUUCUUGGA